AUACCUGCCUUAGUGGAUGGGAAGGAAGGCAUUAUUGAGGCUGGUCCGGCUUCAAAACAAUGUGUGGGUCAGCCUUCCGUAGCCUCCUGUCUCUGACCGUCACCGCCCGUCAUCUCCCAUAGCCUCCUGUCUCUGACCGCCACCUCCCAUAGCCUCCUGUCUCUGACCGUCACCUCCCGUAGCCUCCUGUCUGACAGUCGCGGACCUUAACAACUAUGUCUGAAAAAACGAGGAGUUUGUUUGGUACUGCUUUUAAGCAUUUCAUAAAUUCAUUCAAACCUCGGAAAAUAUCUGGUGUAUUUGCUGGCGACGACUACCAUGGUAACAAGUACUAUGAGAUUCCUGCAGAUCCAAGCAGAGGGAAGAGGACUCCAAAAAGAUGGUAUGUUCCACCAGUAAACAUGAGAUAUGACCAAGAAAACAUGCCAGCAGAAUGGGAUGCAUGGUUACGAAACCGUCGUUCAGAACCACCAAGCGAAUCUGAAUUAAAAGAGAAUUUAUCUAUUGCCACGAUGAAGAAACAGAAUGCUGACCGUCUUUUGGAGAAGGAAGGCAAGAAAGUUCAUUCAGCCAUAAAGGAGUCUGAUAAAACAUCAUUCCCAGUAUAUGAUGAAUAUGAAGUAACUCCAGGCAAAGGACUUAAGCAUACACAAUAAUUCAAAUUAAAAUGUUUGGCUUUCAUUUUGAUUAACCUUAAAUUACUAGAACUGUAUGUAAAAACUGUGCUGUUAUGUAUUAAUGUUUUAUUGGUAUAUCUGAUUUAUUCUCCAAGGAUUGAUCAGCAGGAAAAUUUCUCUGAUUGAAACAUUUAUCAAAAUGCUCUUUGCAAUCCACAGUAUUGGGUAAAAAUUUGAAAACUGAAUGCAAUCUAAAGUAACAGGACAUGCAUGAAUGGCAUGUUAGGUUGCAGAAUCAGCUAGUUCAUUUUAGUGCCUAUAUAGCUUGGGAUGUCAUUUUAGUGCCUAUAUAGCUUGGGAUGUCAUUUUAGUGCCUAUAUAGCUUGGGAUGUAGCAAAACUCCAGUUGUGUGUGUACUGAAAAGGAGAGCCCAUGAUAAUCUCCAGUACUAGUGGAAUUAGAAUGGUUAAAAGAUGUAACAGCCAUAAGUGUGCUUUAAGUCAACAAUAACUACACAUGGUGACUGGCUCAAUAAAAUUUUCACGAAUCAAAAAGAAAUAGCAUUAACCUCUAUAGUAACCAUACUUGCCUCUGCAAGGCAAGACAAAUACUGUACUACUACAAUUACUGUAUCUGCAAAAUGUUUUUGUAAGCUACAGCCAUGGUCUCACUUGUCUGCAAAAAUAGCAGAUAUGAAAUUUUUAUGUACAGUAUUUGGAGUGAUAAAGGUUUUAAUGUGAUGAGCUAAAUGUUUGCUAAUGUACACCACGAUGACAAAGUUGUAUAACUGGUAUGGUAAGUGGACACAUUGCAGGUGGUUAAUGAGAAAAAAUCCUAUAAGAAAAUUGCUUUAGUUCUGAAACAUACAUCCCAGUGGGAUUGCAGAAUGGGUGAAUUGGGUAAUAUGCUAAAGCCAAGCGAGGUUGGUGGCAAGUCCAUACAAAAAAUCUGACUGUACUGAUUUCAUCCAUUCUGUAAGGAUGGAAUACUUGAACAUUUUAUGGAUGUUUUGAAGUAUCCAAUCAGAUUGCAGGAACCAUGUACAAUACCACAAAGUAGGAGGGGGGUAUUCGAUGCAAGAUCUUGGUUUGAACCAAGCAGGAGGUAUGUAAUUAUCAAAGGACAGCACCAAAUCGGGAAGAUUUAAUUUGAAUAUUCUGCAACAUAUGGUGCUAAAGUUCCUAAAUAUAAUUUGGAAUGCAAAUACAAUGGCAAAAAGACAAGAGAUAUGAAGAUGACCUUUACUCACCUCAUCCCUCAGAAACUUGUACUAAGACACCACAGUUGAAAAAUACAGGUUUAUUAAAAAAACUUCUAAUCCCAUUUUUGUAUUUGUCAAGUUAGUAUACUAAGUGUUGAUUAUCAGUACCUGUACAUAGUCUGAUGCUCUUAUAUAAGAAUUAUCAUUUAAGUUUAUAUAUAUUCGAAGAAUUACUGCAUAAGGUGUGCCACAAGUUUGGAACCAUUAGCAUUUGGUGUGAUUGCUGACUGGAUACAUCAUUGGCAUGUCUUAUGAUUCCAGACUUAAAGGAUAAGGUUCCCAACUACUAAGACAUCCUGUACUAUACCAUAUCCAAGAGAUUAUUGUAUAUUGUUAUUUUUAAUUGUAAAUGGUGUAGUUAUUGCCAAGUAUUAAUAACUAAAGAAUAUUUAAUUUGAGUUUUUUUUUUUUUCUGUCCAGUAGAGAACUUUUUUUCAAACAUAUAUUUGAAAGUUUUUUAAUGUGCAUGUAAAGGUAAAUGUAUAAGUUCUGAAUUUUAUUCUUUAAGAUACAUGUAUUAUAAAAUGUUAUGUUGGGAUUUAGAAAAGGUACUGGAACCAAGGAAGGUGGUUGUCUGUUUAUGGGUCACAAUGGCAGUAGUAUGUGCCACAGUGUACCUGCAUUAGGGAAAUGCAGCAUUGCCUGACUGCAAAAAAUAGCAUUAUCUUUAGCAGGUAAACACUGGCAGAUGGUUGGUGAUCCCUGGAUACCUAUGGAAAAGUGACUGCCUAACCCUCCCUACUCUAAUUAGGGACCAAUUGUUACUCAUUACCCAGUAACCCCAGGCAGUAUAAGCAAUGUGAAUCUUUUGAACGCUGGGUAGUCAAACUUAAAGCUUAAGGACAGAAUCUUGUAUGCCUGUCUUAAAGGCAUAAAUGUAGUAAUGUCUUCCAGCUAUCACCAAUGAAGCAAGAGCUAAAUGUUUAUUGUUUCCUGAAGGACUACAAUGACUCGCCGAGCUCCAGCACUUCUCACCCAGGCCUAAGAUCUAACCGGUAAAUGUAAAAAAUCAACCAACUUCCCUCUAACCUCAUACGUAGUACAGUAUAAAUCUGGAAUGUUGUUGAGACUGCAACACCUUUUCAUUAACUAUAAUCGGAGCAGAAGAAAGACUUCCACCCAACACUGAGGCUGAUCCAGGAGUCCAAGUUGGGUAGGUUAUUCAUUGCAAAGUGUAUAGUAUUUAUUUAGGGCACGGUUUCCACUAUUUGCAUGAUUCAGGGAGCACCACAAAUAGGUGACAGCAAGUUGUGCUUUCACAAUGGGACCCAAAUAAAUUACAUAUAAAUGCA